CAGCGAACAGUGCAACGAUUACCUUUCAUUUCUUUUCAUUUCUUUUCAAAAUCGACAGUCCAUCUCUUGCAGAAGACGAGCUGAUCAGUAAAUCAAUGUCCAGAUGCAUAACAACUGCUAUCAAACACCUGAUGUUUUAUUCUUAUUUUAGACAUUCAUUCAAAACCUCAAAACAAAACCCAUCAAUACACUGUAUAAGAUUCAGUUGCUGUUCUUCUUUAGCAUCAUCUCAUCAGCUAGCCAGCAUCCUCCUGGUGGCAUUUCUAACCAAGACAAUCUCCCAGUCCGGCACUCGUAAUCUCAACCUAGGCCAUGUUCCUCUGUCAGAAUCUCUUGUACUUCAAAUCCUACGACAAGGGUCUCUUGAUGUCUCCAAGAAGAUUGAGUUUUUCAACUGGUGUUCUCUCAGACAUAAUUACAAACACUCCGCGUGCACUUACUCUCACAUGUUUCGUAUUGUGUGUAGAGCUUCUGGGUACGUUGAGGAACUUCGUGGGCUGCUAAUUUCGAUGAAGGAAGAUGGUGUGGUUGUGGGUUCUGAGACUUUUAAGUUUCUGCUUGAUGGUUUUAUUAAAUUGGGUAACUUUGAUUUUGCACUUGAGAUUCUUGAUUAUAUGGAGGAAUUGGGAACUAAUUUGCACCCUCAUAUGUACGACUCUGUUCUCUUUGCACUUGCUAGGAAAAAUCAGAUAGGUUUGGCUUUGUCCAUCUUCUUUAAGCUCUUAGACGCCUCUGAAUCAGAUGGUAACGUCGACGGGAUUUUACUUCCGGGUUCUACUGCGUGCAAUGCAUUGUUGGUUGCGCUUAGAAAGGCUGACAUGAAGGUGGAAUUCAAGAAAGUUUUUGACAGACUGAGGGGGAUAAACGGGUUUAGUAUGGAUACAUGGGGUUACAAUGUUUGCAUUCAUGCAUUUGGUUGUUGGGGUGACCUAGGUACUGCAUUAAGUAUUUUCAAAGAAAUGAAAGAAAAGAGUAUGGAAUUUGGAUCAUUUGGUCCUGAUUUAUGCACCUAUAACAGCUUGAUUCGCGUGCUGUGCUUGUUUGGAAAGGUGAAGGAUGCUCUAAUUGUGUAUGAGGAGCUAAAAAAUGUAUCUGAUCAUGAGCCUGAUGCCUUCACAUAUCGAACAAUAAUACAGGGGUGUUGUAAGUCAUAUCGAAUUAAUGAUGCGACAAGGAUUUUCAGUGACAUGCAACACAAUGGAUUUGUCCUAGAUACCACUGUGUACAAUUCUCUUCUGGAUGGUAUGUUAAAGGCAAGGAAAGUUACUGAAGCGUGUCAGUUGUUUGAGAAGAUGGUUCAGGAUGGAGUUAGGGCCUCGUCAUGGACUUAUAAUAUUCUGAUUGACGGGUUGUGUAGGAACGGUAGGGCUGAGGCUGGUUAUAGUUUAUUUUGUGACCUGAAGAAGAAGGGACAAUUUGUGGAUGCAGUUACUUACAGCAUUAUUGUGCUCCUUCUCUGUAGAGAAGGUCAACUUGAGGAAGCACUAUCCUUAGUGGAAGAAAUGGAAGAAAGAGGCUAUGCUGUUGACUUAGUUACUAUAACAUCAGUCUUAAUUGCAUUGCAUAAACACGGGAGGUCGGAUUGGACAGAAAAGUUAAUGAAGCACAUAAGGAAUGGUAAUCUAGCACCAAUGAUCAUAAACUGGCAAGCUAAUAUGGAUGCUUCAUUUAAACGCCCGCAAAGCAGAAGUAAGGAUUAUACACCAAUGUUUGCAUCCAAUGACAACUUCAGUGAGAUUAUGGGCAUAUUAAGAAACCCUGACUUAGAGAACCAUGUCAUAGAUGAUACUGUUGCUGACGGUGAGAAUAGUGCAUCAUCUGACAUAGAUCAAUGGUCAUCGUCCCCACAUAUGGACCAUUUAGCUGAUCAAAUGAAGUCUGCGGACCAUUCUUCUCAGCAAUUUACGCUCCACAGAGGACAGAGAGUUCAAGCAAAAGGGACGGAUUCUUUUGACAUUGAUAUGGUUAAUACUUUCAUGUCCAUAUUUUUGGCCAAGGGAAAGCUGAGUGUUGCGUUAAAGUUGUUUGAGAUAUUCAGCGACAUGGGUGUGAACCCUGUAAGUUAUACGUACAAUUCUGUCACGAGUUCUUUUGUCAAGAGAGGCUAUUUUAACGAGGCAUGGAAUGUUCUUAAUGAAAUGGAUGAGAAGUUUUGCCCAUCAGAUAUAGCAACCUAUAAUUUGAUAGUUCAAGGUCUAGGGAAGAUGGGAAGAGCAGAUCUAGCCAGUUCUGUUCUAGAUAAGUUAAUGAAGGAAGGUGGUUAUCUUGACGUGGUUAUGUACAAUACGCUGAUUAAUGCCCUGGGGAAAGCUGGCCGAAUUGAUGAAGUUAAACGCCUUUUUGAACAGAUGAAAACCAGUGGAAUAAACCCUGAUGUCAUCACCUAUAAUACUCUGAUUGAAGUUCAUACCAAAGCUGGUCGUUUGAAAGAUGCAUACAAAUUCUUAAAAAUGAUGUUGGAUGCAGGCUGCUUGCCAAACAAUGUGACUGACACGACUUUAGAUUUCCUGGCAAAAGAGAUUGAUAGACGAAGGUACCAAAAGGCAUCAAUUUUACGCCAAAAGGAUGAUUCCUCUUGAGCUAUCUGCUCAUGGAUGCGCAACUAGACUUUAUUGGUCUCUGCAUGUGUCUCCCAGGAAUUGUCCCACUAAGGCCAGCAGAAGCAAACUGACUUGGUAUUUCUUAAAUGAUUAUGUACACAUUUUGAGCUAGCUAAGGCUAUACGCAGCUCAUUCGACCUCUUCAAAUAAAUGUCCAUGGCAUUAUUUAAUAAGUCAAGACAAUCUACAGACAUACUAAGACCCACCAUAUCCAACUUCUGCACCAAACGGUUUCUUAAUGAUCUAGUAUCGGGCAGCACACCAUUGUUCAUAGAGAAACAUUUAAAAGAGAUAUGCGAGCUCCCCCGAUAUUCAUGGAAACGCCAGGGCAAUAACUGGGCUUCUAAUUUGAACACCUGGGCUACCCGCUGUCGGUCAACCUCCUCUUCUUCGACAGAAGCAACUUCAACUGGAGGUCUACUGCCAAGUGAAAGCAAUUCUGUAGCACUUUGCUGUUCUUAUUCUCUUGAAUUCAAUUCCUCAUACACCAUACUUUGAGGCUCCCCAUGUGGCCCCAAAGGACUUCGGAGAUCCCUAAGCUUGCGAUCUCGAUUAACAGGAGACCGGCCCUUUGUAGGUGAAGGAGGAAAGGCAUCCCCAUAAAGCGACUGAAGGCAAUUUCUCUGAUACCCAGUCACAGAUUUAACAUUAAGCCUACUAUCUAGUUUCAGCUCUCAUUUUAGCUUCUGGUGGGGGAUUUUUUUUGCAAGGCAAGCAUUCUUGACAAUGGAUGUAAUAAAGUGGUAUGCAGAGGAAUAUUUUCUCUGCCAAUAAUUUUAACACAAAAGUUAUCAAAUUUACACUUAGAUAUCUUAAAAGAAACAGUCUUGUCAGCUGAUCAAAGUAAUUAUUUGCUCUCUCAUGACUAAUCUUUUAAACAAUCAAAGCUUUGAGGUCCAAAGUAUUUACUCGUAUAGCUUUGAGUAGAAAACAUUGUCUCUACCUUCCAAAGGAUAUUUAAUUUCACAAACUCAGAAACUUUACCUUCUUCAGAAUCCCAAAUCCUAAAACCCUAGUUCUAAAAACACCAUU